UGUUAAUUAGCAAUGGAAAAAAUGCUGGCUAAUCGCGAUGAAGAGAUUAAUAAACUCACAAGUUUUACUAUACAAACGAAAAAUCUAUUAAAUGAAAUUGUGUCAGACUUGGGAUGGAGUAAUGAUUCUGUAAAUAUUGAACAGACGGUGACUUGUCCCUUCAACUCAUCCCACGAAUUACUACCAAAGAGUCUAGAAAAACAUAUGGAAAAUUGUUUGUGGAAAGCUGAAGGCUACAGUAAAGAUGACUUACCUCUAUCGAUUCCUUCAGUGCCUCCUGAUGCCAAUACCUCAAUAAAACUCGAUGAAGAGGCGAUAGAAGAAAUUUUCCAGGUCUCAAAACCCGAAAAUGCCUCUCCCACAGGUGGCUGCAGAUUGAUACCCAGAACUUCAGAUAGACUUCUGGCUGAUUUCACCCCCGAGGAACGAAGAAUUCUUUAUGAUUAUGUGGUAUCGCACACUGAGCAGCCACACAUCGGAGAGGAUAUUGCAGAUCUCAAUAAACCCAAUGGAAAUGAGAAUAGGACGUCGUCAUAUCUGGAGCUAUUGGCUCAGGAGCGAAAUCUGAAACGAAGGAGAGCAAAACAUCGUGGGGUUCACACGAACAAAAAAUCGCACACUGAGAUCAUGCGAGAGGUCAUAAGUCAGCAGAUGGAGAUGUUGUCGGAGUAUCUUGCUGAGAAAAAUCAGGAGAACAGAAUCGAGUCGGAUGCAGAGGUUCGGGGGAAUGGGGAUCUCCGGGAACAUAAGACGGACGCGAGAAAUGGAAUUCACGUAAAGCCAGAGAGAAAUUCGCGGAAAGAGUCCUCGAGAGAUUCUUCGAGUGAAUUUCAUCACAGGCAUAAACGAAAUUCAUCGACCGAUGUACGAAACAGCCAUCACAUCUCUUCGAGGAACGAGUCUGAUGUCGAUUAUCGUAGCCAAAGAAAGAAACAUUCGAAGCAUUCGAAGUCCUCAAGGAGAGACUCAGAGGAAGAGAAAAAGUAUAAGAAGCACGAGAGGACCCAUUCGAGGGAAAGACAUUAUGAACAUAAAUUCAAGUCUAGAAAAAGAUCUCGAAGUCGUGAGGAUAAAUCUAGAAAGAGAAGAACUCAUUAAUUAAAUCCUUCCACAAUGCAAAAAUUUUGUGAAGAUAAAUAAUUAAACUGAUAUCAACUGAUUUAAUCAAGAAA